AGUGAUUUUACAGCAGAUGUUUACAUAGCUGGAGACAGCACCCCUGCCCUUCACUGAUAAAACACUGAACCAAGUAAUAAAUAGAAGAUAUUAGCUGUUUAUAACCUUUUAAGAAAUUCUAACUCCACAAACCAACACAUUUCUAUGUCCCCUCCCCUUCAGAUCUAAGAGUUUAUAGGCGGGUCUAACAGCUCACAGGCCUCCUUCACUGCAGCAACACGUGACAUUUUGAGCAGAGUUCAGUUUUAUUUCUGAGGAAGUGAAACUCAGAGGAUCAUUCACACUGAGAAGAGAAAUGGCGCAGAUGAAUGUUCAGCUGGACAGAGAAAAAAUCUGUUGUUGCAUCUGUUUGGAUCUACUGAAGGAUCCGGUGACGACUUCCUGUGGACACAGCUACUGCAUGAACUGUAUUAAAGAGUUCUGGGAUGGAGAGGAUCAGAAGGGAACCCACAGCUGCCCUCAAUGUAGAGAGACCUUUCAGCAGAGGCCUGUCCUGAAGAAAAACACCCUGUUAGCAGACUUAGUGGAGGACCUGAAGAAGACGGGACUCCAAGCUGCUCCAGCUGAUCACUGCUUUGCUGGACCUGAAGAUGUUGCCUGUGAUGUCUGCACUGGGAGGAAGAUGAAAGCUGUUAAAUCCUGUCUGGUUUGUUUGGUCUCUUACUGUAAGAAUCACCUCCAACCUCACUAUGAAUCGCCUGCUUUUAAAAAACAUAAACUUGUUGAAGUUUCUGCUAAACUUCAGCAGCACAUCUGCUCUCGUCAUGACGAGGUGAUGAAGAUCUUCUGUCGUACUGAUCAGCAGUGUAUCUGUUAUCUCUGCUCUAUGGAUGAACAUAAAGGUCAUGAAACAGUCCCAGCUGCAGCAGAAAGGACUGAGAAGCAGAAGGAGCUCCAGGUGAGUCGACAACAAAUCCAGAAGAGAAUCCAGGACAGAGAGAAAGAUGUGAAGCUGCUUCAACAGGAGGUGGAGGCCAUCAAUGUCUCUGCUGAUAAAUCAGUGAAGGACGGUGAGAAGAUCUUCACUAAGCUGAUCCUUCUCAUCCGUAAAAAAAGCUCUGAUGUGAAGGAACAGAUCAGAUCUCAGCAGGAAACUGAAGUGAGUCGAGUCAAAGAGCUUCAGGAGAAGCUGGAGAACGAGAUCACUGAGCUGAAGAAGAAGGACGCUGAGCUGAAGCAGCUCUCAAACACAGAGGAUCACAACCAGUUUCUGCAGAACUUCCCCUCACUGUCAGCACUCAGUGAGUCUCCACACUCAUCCAGCAUCAAUGUUUGUCCUCUGAGAUACUUUGAGGAUGUGACAGCAGCUGUGUCAGAGCUCAGAGAUAAACUACAGGACAUCCUGAGAGACACAUGGACAAACAUCUCACUAACCCUCACUGAGGUGGAUGUGUUGCUGUCAGAACCAGAACCAAAGACCAGAGCUGACAUCUUGACAUAUUCAAAGCUAAUAACUCUGGAUCCAAACACAGCAAACAGAUAUCUGUUAUUAUCUGAGGGAAACAGAAAAGCAACUUUAAUGGAAGUAAAACAGUUUUACUCUGAUCAUCCAGACAGAUUCACUGAUUGGCAGGUCCAGAGUAGAGAGAGUCUGGUUGGAUGUUGUUACUGGGAGGUGGAGUGGAAAGGGAAUAAAGUUGAUCUAGCAGUUUCAUACAAGAAUAUCAGCAGAUCAGGAGAUUCAAAUGAAAGUGAUUUUCGGUAUAAUGAUAAAUCUUGGUCAUUAUGUUGUGACUCAGACGGGUAUGUAUUUUGGCACAACAGAGUUAAAUCGUCUGUGUCAGGUCCAGUUUCCACCAGAAUAGGAGUGUAUCUGGAUCACAGAGCAGGUUUUCUGGCUUUCUACAGCAUCUCUAGAACCAUGACUCUCCUCCACAGAGUCCAGACCACAUUCAUUCAGCCGCUACAUGCUGGAGUUGGGUUUUAUAAUAGUGGAGACUCAGUUGAGUUUAUUAAACUUAAAUAGACAGAAGUGAAUUUAGGUCCAGGAAAAUAACUUCUUGUCGAAUAGGGUUGCAAAUUUGCAUGUAUACCGUUAAUGUUAAAUGUACCAUUUGUAUGUUUAACUCUACUAGAUGGUCUGCAUUUUCGGUGCGAAGAUUAAAUCAUUGGCAUAAUAAAUAAUAUACUAAAUAAUACCUGUUAUGCCAUGUUCAAAACGUACCAGAAGAAUCAUAUUGGAAGCACUUUGCCGCCAUCUACCUGUCAAAAUUAUGUGCAAUCUCUUUGACAGCAAAAACAGAUAUUGUCAUAUUCAGUAAGUUAGAGUAUUAUUGAAAACCUUCAGUAACUUCCAGGAACUUUCAUUUAACUCUUUUUACUAAAUGCAACACAUAGAUUAAUUACACACAGACUGAUGUUUUGAAGCCUUUAUUUCUGUUAAUUAUUACGAUUUUCUGCUCACAGCUAAUGAACACACAUUUAAGAUUAGAAUAUUACAAAUACCAAUUAAAAAAACAUUUUAAUACAGAAAUGUGGGUUUAAUAAAAAUAUGUUUUAAUGUA